UGUGUAUAAAGAUGUAAAAGAACCCAUCGUGCUAAUUUGAGAAUUAGUUCAGAGCACUAUUCACAGAAAACCACAGGAUGUCUACACCAAAUAGUUCAGAGCUGGAUUUGGAACUGGGCGACUUACUGCAGGAGUUUAAUGAUGUUGUGAAGGAGUUAAGCGAAGCUCAGACCUCUGACCAUGUGCUGAGAAAUAUGAAGAGACACACAGGACUGAGUGAUGGAGACGAUUCAGACUAUUGUAGCGAGGCAUCGCUGGUAAACAGUUUGAACGCCAGUCAAGAGGAGCUCAACACUGUAAGCACCACAGGAUCAAAAGCGAGGCUUGGGGACACCAGUGACCUACAGAGCUUCAUUGAAAACCUGGAUAAAGAGCUUGCAGAGAUGUGAGAUGGCAGGACACACGUGAUCAGAGAGGAGCUGCUGAGCACCUGAAGAGCUGGCAUUUAACAAACCGCACUCUCUGCUUCAACACAAGGAAAUAAAGCUGAAGAAAAACACGUUUUAAAGGUGCCAACAGUCCCUGCGGAAAUAGAGCUAACAGAGUCUUUUGUAAUUUGUCAAGACUGUUUUCGAAGACAUUUCUCACGUUUUAUUUUGAUUACAUAACUAAUAUUGUUUUAUAUAGAAAACACAAAUUAUUUUAAGUUAUUGCUUGUUAAAUAGUUUAUUUCACCACUUUUUUUCUACAAAGAUUGUACAAAUUAUAUGUUUAUCAUAAUGUGUCAUCUAACUUGUAAAUAAUUUGUAAAUAAAUCUUUUUUUAUUCAAA